AGCGCCGAGCGGUAGAUCGGGAGUGUCCCCGCCGUGCGCAGGCGCAGGCGUGAGGGUCGAGCGCCGGGCCAUCGGUCGGGAGCGUCCCGCCCCCGGCGCCAUCUCCCGGAGCCGCGGAGGCAGCCAGGUCCCAGGUGGGUCGGGUGUUUCCCAUUCAGGGUCACACUGAGAUCUGUGCUGCACCACCUGCACCUCCAGCAUGUUCCACGGGAUCCCAGCCACUCCAGGCCUGGGAGCUCCAGGGAACAAGCCUGAGCUGUAUGAGGAAGUGAAGCUGUACAAGAACGCCCGUGAGCGUGAGAAGUACGACAACAUGGCAGAGCUCUUUGCGGUUGUGAAGACGAUGCAGGCCCUGGAGAAGGCAUACAUCAAAGACUGUGUCACCCCUAAUGAGUACACGGCUGCCUGCUCCCGGCUCCUGGUCCAAUACAAAGCUGCCUUCCGGCAGGUCCAGGGUUCCGAGAUCAGCUCCAUCGAUGAGUUCUGUCGCAAGUUUCGCCUGGACUGCCCGCUGGCCAUGGAGAGGAUCAAGGAGGACCGGCCCAUCACCAUAAAGGAUGACAAGGGCAACCUCAACCGCUGCAUUGCCGACGUUGUCUCGCUCUUCAUCACAGUGAUGGACAAGCUGCGCCUGGAGAUCCGAGCUAUGGACGAGAUCCAGCCUGACCUGCGGGAGCUGAUGGAGACCAUGCACCGAAUGAGCCACCUGCCCCCCGACUUUGAGGGCCGCCAGACGGUCAGUCAGUGGCUGCAGACCCUGAGCGGCAUGUCCGCCUCGGAUGAGCUGGACGACUCCCAGGUGCGCCAGAUGCUCUUUGACCUGGAGUCAGCCUACAAUGCCUUCAACCGCUUCCUGCACGCCUGAGGCUCGGCCCCCACCCUGGCCUGGGGGUGGCCUUUUCCGUGGUGGCUCUUUCCUGGAUGGUCACGGGUGUUGUCCAUGUGUCUGAGGCAUCAGUGCUUGGGGGCAUGGCCUCAACCCAAGGGCGUAUUCCUGUCCUGCCUACAAUAAAGAUGCUGUCUGACCUUGCA